GGGAAAUGGGCCCGCGAGCCCAGCCGGCGCUUCUCCUCCUGAUCCUCCUGCGGACGGUGGCCACGCAGGGGCGACAGCCGCGAAGUUCUCACCAAGCGCGACCUUGACCUGAGCGCCGCAUAGCCGGGCGCCCUAAGUGCUGGGAGACUUUGGGCUGAGCGAACGCACGGCGGACCCAUUCGGGUUUCCACUUCAGAACCACCCGCGCUGGGGGUGGGAGGUUCUUGAGAGAGGUCGGCCCAGGGCCAUUACUGACUCUUGGUGAUUGUUCUUUUGCGUGGAAGAGUAACAUAUCUGCUAUUUUUGAACUUUCGAACUGUGUCUCACAGUUCUCCGUUUCAGCCCGGGGUUGUUGAUUUGCAAUGUUAGUAGUAUUGUAUAAUUAACUGGCAUUUACUAAAGGAUGCCAAAGGGAUGGUAAUUAACAUGUAAGUAAUGACCUCAGUUUUAAGUCACCUUCAGAUCUGUGAUCGUGUUUGACUCCACUCUGCGUUUGGGAGGUUGCAGCUAUUCAUAUGUUGAUUUUCCUAGUGGUUAACGACCUUAGGCUAAAUCCUUUACCCAGGUUACAAAGAAUGCGGACAAUCUGGUUUUCCGACGUCAAAUGAAGUGCCGCUGGUUCUAAUCUUAGCUGACAGCGUUUGCCCUCACAGCAGUCUGGCACAGCUCUGGAGGCUUUAUACAUUGUCAUGUAGCCACAGAACCACACUUGGAGGGUAGGGAGUAUCUGUAUCCACACUUCAUAGAUGACAAGAAUGAGGUAAGACUUGCUCAUCCGUAACUUUGUUCAAUGUUACUCAGGGCUAUUGAGGCAGAGCCCGUGUCUCCACUUCAUAGCUGCUAUUCUUACAAGUCACACUGCAUUAGAGGUUGAAUCAUAUAAUUUGAUGAACACAAGUCUUCACUGUUCACAGGUACAGGAGGCGCGCCACCCAUGUGUUCUAGACCCAGGGGAGAGCAGGGAGCCGAGUCCUCUGGUGCUUUGCAUCCGAGUAGACGGGAAUGACGAUACACAAAAGGAUAGAGAGCGUCUGGCAGUGGGUGCCCUGAAGGCGUGUGAAGCAGGCAGGUGGGGGCAGGCCACUCUCCCUGGCUGGGUUGGAACAGGGACAUGAAGGAAAUAAGGGUGAUGCUGACUGGCAGCAGCACUUCUGGACAGGCUGGGGAGACCCGGCAAGGGUUUGCAGCCUCAGCACUACUGCCAUUUUCUGUCGUGCGGACUGCCCCGUGCGUUGUCGGACGUUUCCCUGUCCUUUACUCACUGGAUGUUAGUACUCUCCUCAGUUGUGACCGCUGAAAAUGUCCCCAGACAUUGCCAGAUGUCCUCUGAAAGACAAAAUGCCCUGGGUCGAAGAAAGAGCAAGAGCGCUGGUGCAGCAGGAGUGCAGGGGCCGGAAGCCCAGAAUAGGUGUUGGGCUCGGCAACGCAGCCUCGGGCGAGUCUCCUGGGGCCUUGCAGGUUGCAGUGUGGAUUUCAGCCCAGGAGUGACAUGAUUAAGCAUCGCUGUUGGAAAGAUUGCUCCGGCUGCUCUGUGGAAAGCAGAGCGAAGGGAGCAGUGAUAAAAACAGGGCGAGCAAACAGGCAAGAAAUGAUGGACUGGGCCGGGUGGGAGCAGAGGUGGUGGUGAGAAAUGGCUGUAAUCUCGAUCUGUUUUGAAGGAUGUUGUUGCGGUAGCUAUGAAGGAUCACAUAACAGAAAGAGAAAAAGUCAAAGGUGCCUCUAUUAUUAUUUUUUAUUUUUAUUUUUAUUUUAUCAGCCUGAUCAACAGGGGGGAUAGGUGAUGCCAUUUCUGAGGUGGUGAAGCCAAAAGAAAGCAGUUUGGGGGAACUCAAGAGCCUGGUUUUGGACUUGUUCGAGAAUCCAAUGAGUCAUCCAACUGGUGGUAUCAUGUAGGCAAUUGGAGUUUAAGAGUCUACAGUUCAGGGCCAGAGAUAAAAAUCUAGAGGUCAGCAUUUAGUCAUCCAACAAGUAUGUAUUAAGCACCUACUACAUGCCAGACACUAGGCAUUGUGAAUACAUCCCUGAACUCGCUCUCUGUAGAACUGAGGGGAGGUGUAGGGAAACUCACCCGCCUAGAGGUCUGUCCUCUUGGGCUUACUGGAGUUUUCCUACAUUUGCAUUUGAUUUGGAACUGUUUUGAUGUUGAAAAGCUGCCCUGAGCUAUUUAUCAGCACAUCUUCCAGCACCUAACAGCAGACAUCUACAGGCAGACCUCAGAGAUAUUGUGGUUCCAUUUCAGACCAUCACAAUAAAGAGAAUGUCACAAUAAAGUGACUCACAUGAAGUUUUUGGUUUCUCAGUACAUAUUCAAGUUAUAUCUACUACACUCUACGCUAUUAAGCGUGAAAUAGCAGUCUUAAAAAACAAUAUACAUACCUUAAUUAAAAAAUACUUUAUUGCUAAAAACGUUAACCAUGAUCUGAGCCUUCACAGAGUCAAAAUCGUUUCAUAUUAGUAACAUCAAAUCACAGAUCACCAUAACAAAUAUAAGAAUAAUGAAAAAGUUGGAAAUCUUUUGAGAAUUACCAAAAUGUGACACGGACAUGAAGUGAGAAAAGGCUGUUGGAAAAGUACUGAUAGACUUGUUUGUUACACGGUUGCCACAAACCCUCAAUUUGUAAAAAACACAGCUGCGAAGUGCAAUAAAGCGAGGUCUGCCUGUGUACAGGAAAAGGUUUAGAGAUGGCAGUAGUGGAAAAAAACCAACAAUAACUCCUUGGAAUUGGGUCUCAUUGGCUCUGAGCACCAACUCCUGAGCUCAACUGCCCUAGCUAGAUGCAUCUUAGGAUAUUCUAGAGUCUGUUGGCUCCAGGGGGAGGCUGCUGUAAUCCUGAGUACUGGGGCAGAGGCUGGGGGCUGCAAGGGGGUGGCAGCCACACAUGACAGAGGGAGGGGCACAAGGGGAGAGCAGACGGGAGGGUCAUGGGGAGGGAGGGAGGGCAGGCACCGCAGGUCAUUUUCACAGGGUGGGACCAGACACAGCUGGUUCGAGUUGAUUCGGAAGGUCUGCCUCCCAGUCCCCAAGGUGGCCCACAGAGAAGGCCUGUUGCCCUCUCCCCAGGGUCACACUCCCUGCGCUUCCUCUUCAUGGGCGCCUCUGAGCCAGACCUUGGGCUGCCCCUGUUUGAGGCCUUGGGCUACGUGGAUGACCAGCUGUUCGUGUCCUACGAUCACGAGAGUCGCCGUGCAGAGUUGCGUGCCCCGUGGCUCUCCGGUAGGGCCACCAGCCAGCUGUGGCUGCAGCUGAGCCAGAGCCUGAAAGGCUGGGAUCACAUGUUUAUCGUGGACUUCUGGACCAUCAUGGACAACCUCAACCAGAGCAAGGUAACGAAGCUGGGAGUGUUGCCAGAGUCCCACACUCUGCAGGUGAUCCUGGGCUGUGAGGUGCAAGAGGACAACAGCACCAGAGGGUUCUGGAAGUAUGGGUACGAUGGGCAGGACCAUCUUGAAUUCUGCCCUGAGACCCUGGAUUGGAGAGCGGCAGAGCCCAUGGCCUGGGCCACAAAGCUGGAGUGGGAAGUGACCAGGAUUCGCGCCAAGCAGAACAGGGCCUACCUCGAACGGGAUUGCCCCAAGCAGCUGCGGCGCUUGCUGGAGCUGGGGAGAGGGGCUCUGGACCAGCAAGUGCCUCCUUUGGUGAAGGUGACUCAUCACGUGGCCUCUGCAGUGACCACUCUACGGUGUCAGGCUCUGAAUUUCUACCCCCAGGACAUCACCAUGAGGUGGUUGAAGGACAAGCAGCCACUGGAGGCCAAGGACGUUGAGCCUGAGGACGUGCUGCCCAACGGGGACGGGACCUACCAGGGCUGGGUGGCUUUGGCCGUGCUCCCUGGGGAAGAGCAGAGAUACAGCUGCCAGGUGGAGCACCCAGGCCUGGACCAGCCCCUCACUGUCACCUGGGAGCCCUCGCUGUCUGGCACCCUGGUCACUGGAAUCAUCAGUGGAAUUGUUGUCUGUGUCAUCAUCUUCCUUAUUGGAAUUUUGUUCAGAAUCUUAAGGAGAAGGCAGGCUUUGGGGGGAGCCGCGGGGGACUAUGUCUUAGCCGAAUGUGAAUGAAGUGCAGCCUGCAGACCCCUGCAGGGAGGAGACAGAACUCCAGACUCAAAGAGAGGGUGCGCUUGUGGUGUUCUUCAUGUUUCAGGACAGCUGGACCUAAGAAAUAGGAACUGUUUCAGGAACUCUCUGCUCUUAGCCUUUCCUGUUCACUCUCAGAAACUUCCGCCUCUAGGUUUCUGAAUUCCUGCUUGUUAAAGGGCCUCAGCUGUGACCUCUCCCUGAGAACCGCUGGCUCUCCUGAAUCCCAAGGCACGUAUAGAACCUGCCUUCAUUUCCUGCAUCACCUCAGACUCCAUAUGUCAUCUCAUCUCCUAACUGUGGAAUGAGGCUCCUUAAAUUUGGGGGGACUUUUGAUUCCUUUAAACAUCUGAGAAUAGCUUUGAAACAUACACUCUAGUACCCUUACCAGAACUUGGCACACACAUCCAGGCAUUUCCUGGACCCACACAAGUCUCCUUUUAACCCUCUCUCUGUUAUACAAGAACUCAUCUGUCACCAAGCCUUGUGGUCUGUUCCAUCAGAGGGAGAUCUGGGCCAUUGUACAGUCGUGCACUGCACAACCCGAGGAGGCAUCUUUCCCAGAAGAGGCAUCAUGGAUCUUUGUGUGUUUUAUGAUAGUCCUCCUGAAAAUGGCUGGGAAGUGUCUUGAGGAGGGAAUGUCUUUUUCUAAUUGGCACAAAGGUGCCAUGUAGAUUUCCUUAGAGUACUGAUACCUGCGCUUACAUUGCCUCUCCUGUAUGCCAGACUUGAAGCAGUACAGCAUUUGAUCUCUGCUCACACCCUCUCCUUGUUCUGAUAAUGAAAAUGAUAAUUAAGAUGUUGAUGAC